AUGGUGGGCAGCACCUCUGCGGCAAACGAGCGAGUGUUUGGCUCGAUCCUUCGGCCUUACCUUGCUAACGAAGAGAACGCGUUUGUGAUUUCGUCUGACUUUUGUCACUGGGGCACGAGGUUCGCAUAUACGUACUACGUGCAGGCACCAGACCCAACAACCUACAAGCUGCCACUUACGUACCCUUCUCUACCGGUUCCGUCGGACAUGCUAACCGCAGAAAAGGCGGCGGAGGAAGUGCGUGCAGCGUCGUCAGGGCGGAUGCUGAGAGAGAACGACAAGUCAUACAACAAGGAGAAAUAUAUGUGGGCUAUCCACGAGAGCGUCUCUGCGUGUGACAUGGCAUGCAUGUCUGCAAUAGCCAGUGGCAAUACGGACGUCUUUCAGGAAGCAUUACGGCGGACGGGAAACACUGUAUGCGGGCGCCAUCCGAUUGGCGUGGUGAUGGCGGGGAUCGAGGGAUUACAGCAUCAGGCAGAAACAACCAUGGGAGCAGCGGUGACGCAGGACGGGGUGAAGAAGGGCAAGUUCUACUUUAUAAGGUACGAACGGAGCUCUGACUGCUUCUCGGUCCAAGACAGCUCAGUGAGCUAUGUUUCUGCGUUUGCCGUGCUGUAG